UGUAGGAAAUCCGCUUGCGGCGGAUUAUUGUAAUCCGACAGAGGGUCUGGACGACACAUCGGAUCACGACAGAAGAGCAGAGCCCAGCGGCCUGUAACAGAUGCAGCUCGUCCCAGAAUAAAAGGGAUAAAGUUGAGAUAUGAUCUGACGCACUGCUCGCUGCUCCUGAACGCAUCAUCAGCGGCAGCGGCGCGCGGGCCGUUUGUUUCCUGGAGCGUCUGACGGAGCUGACGGACGGCGUCUCGGCAUCACUGCACCGCGGACCACAGCGGAGAGGAAAAGCCUUCAUUUGAUAUUUAAAGACAUUUCCCCCCUUCUUCCUUCCCCUUUCGCCAGUUUUGACACCAGCCCGGCUCGGCUUGGCUCGGCUCGGUCUGCAGAGAGAAGCGCUGCCGCUGACACACAGCUAGCUAGCGCGGCUAGCCCACCCCAGCUAGCGCGGCUAGCUAGUAAGGAAUUUAUCGAGUUUAGUUAGAAAAUUAACAAAUUCUUUGACCUGUCAGCCAACACGGAGGGAGGAUGUCGGCGAAAGAGCAAACUAAACUCUCCACCAUUGAGCGACCUGUUAAGGCGGUGCCAUAUCCUCCCGGUACUCGCCUGACGGUCAAAGACCUGUACGUGGACGGGAGGCCCAGCGUGGAGCAGCUCAAGGCCCAUCUGGUGAAGGAGGGUCGGCUGGAGGAGGAGGCGGCUCUGCGGAUCAUCAACGAGGGAGCCAGCAUCCUCCGCCAGGAGAAAUGCAUGCUGGAGGUGGAGGCCCCCAUCACAGUUUGUGGAGACGUCCACGGACAGUUCUUUGACCUGAUGAAGCUCUUCGAGGUGGGCGGGUCCCCGGCCAGCACCCGUUACCUGUUCCUGGGCGACUACGUGGACCGAGGGUACUUCAGCAUCGAGUGUGUACUGUUCCUGUGGGCUCUGAAGAUCAACCACCCGAACACUCUCUUCCUGCUCAGAGGCAACCACGAGUGCCGGCAUCUCACAGAGUACUUCACCUUCAAACAGGAGUGUAAAAUAAAGUACUCUGAGCGUGUGUAUGACGCCUGUAUGGAUGCGUUUGACUGCCUCCCUCUGGCUGCUCUCCUCAACCAGCAGUUCCUCUGUGUGCAUGGAGGACUGAGCCCUGAGGUCACCUGUCUGGACGACAUUCGGAAGUUGGACCGGUUUAAAGAGCCUCCUGCGUUCGGACCGAUGUGUGACCUGCUGUGGUCUGACCCGGGCGAGGACUACGGUUCAGAGAAGACCCAGGAACACUUCAGCCACAACAGUGUGAGAGGCUGCUCUUAUUUCUACAGUUACCCGGCAGUAUGUGACUUCCUGAUGAACAAUAACCUGUUGUCUGUAAUACGAGCACACGAAGCCCAGGAUGCAGGGUAUCGAAUGUACAGGAAGAGUCAGACGACAGGCUUCCCUUCUUUAAUCACAAUCUUCUCUGCUCCUAACUACCUGGAUGUGUACAACAACAAAGCCGCGGUGCUGAAAUAUGAGAAUAAUGUGAUGAACAUCCGGCAGUUUAACUGCUCCCCUCAUCCCUACUGGCUGCCCAACUUCAUGGACGUGUUCACCUGGUCUCUGCCGUUCGUCGGAGAGAAAGUGACGGAGAUGCUGGUGAACGUGUUGAACAUCUGCUCUGACGACGAGCUGAUGUCAGAAGGAGACGACACGUGUGAGGGUGGAACUCCAGCUGUCAGGAAGGAGGUGAUCAGAAAUAAGAUCCGGGCCAUCGGGAAGAUGGCUCGAGUCUUCUCUGUGCUCAGAGAGGAGAAUGAGAGCGUUCUGCAGCUGAAGGGCCUGACCCCGACAGGAACGCUGCCUGUGGGAGUUUUGUCCGGAGGUCGGCGAACUCUGCAAAGCGCCACCGUAGAGGCAGAAGAGGCACGAGCGAUCCAAGGCUUCAACCCGCAGCACAAGAUUCAGAGCUUCGAGGAGGCCCGAGGUCUGGACCGCAUCAACGAGAGGAUGCCCCCCCGCCGGGACAGCAAGCAGACAGAGGCCACGCCCCCCCUCAACAACCUGCCCGCCAGCACCGGACCGCCGGACAAGAACGGCACCAACGCACAAGCCUAAACCGUCCCCCUCCGCCCCCCGCUCUUUACCCCCCUCCCCCUUAUCUCCCCCUGUUCUUCCUCUCCUACCUUCCUUCUUUCCUUCCUUGCUUCCUUCCCUUCCCCUCUCGUCUCCUUUACGAGCAGGAGAAGAGGCAGUUCAGUCCGAGCGACUGUCACCACGCUUAAUUUAUUUCAUCAUCGAUUAAAUAUCAUCGUUUAAGACUGAACAGGAGAGAAUCUCAAGCGCACACGCGACGAGGACUUUUCUACCCGGGAGGUGACACCUUUCUGUCCGUCAGCGCUUUGUUUGGUGUCGAGGGAGGAAGUGACGCUCAUUCAAACGCUGUGUUCGUGCCCACACACACACACGGUCAGAUCCAUUCUUUCUUAUGCCAAUGAUAGUGUGACUGAGCUCCGAGGAGUGAGUAUUGACAUUUAUAUUAUAUAUGUAUAUUUUAAUUGUUCCCUCUUUUCAAUGUGAUGGGUUUUUUUUUUUUUUACACAUAGAUUUAGGCUCUAUUAUCCAAAAGGGGGAGAGGAGGGAUUAAAGGGUUGCUUUAUUAUUACUCCGACUUUGGGGGCAGAAAGUUUAAAAAACAAUCUAGUGGUGCAGCGUUUUCUGCACGGCGUCGACCACGCGGCAGAAACGGUUUGUAACUGAGCCACGAGUUCAGAUUUCUGUUUUAAAACGAUUUCUCUCUUUUUUGUUUUCUCAGUUCCAAUGACGUCAAACUCAACAAAGAAACAUCUGAGACGUCACAAACCCGAGCGGUCAGGAGGUCGACAAAUAAACAUCCAUCGCUGCCGCGUGUCGUUCAGACUCUUCAUAACAUGUUGAAGUUCACUUCAUAAAGCUGAGAGAGUCAGAAGAGACGGGCGAAACCUUAGUGCCCGAUCACACAGAAACGUGUCGCCCUAGGAGCGGACGCUACAAAAAUGAAGCGAGGGUUCA